UUGUCUCAUUUGACCAGUCGACAGAAGGAAACGAUGUCGUUUGCUGCGUCUCCGCUCUCCGUGCAGUUCCACGCUUCUAAGCCUCUGAGCCUACGUUUCCGAGCUUGCGCUGCCGACGUCCCGGAUUUCUUUCCCCCCGAGUGGCUUGAAACUCGUCGGAAAAGGCCUUUUGGUCCAAGAUUGGGUUUUAGUGCAGAGGAAGCUGUGAGAUACCAACUUGAUGCGUUGAUGUUCAAUGACCAACCUCGGCCUGAUUAUGGCAUUGAAGUCAUGUAUAGGUUCGCGGGAUUUGAUCCUUUUGAGAGAUCUACCUAUUUUGGCCCCUUCUUUGAUUUAGGCCAGUUCGAGAGAUUUCGGCGGAUCUUCCACCAUUCUAGCUAUCGAGUUCUACUUGGUCACCGGGAAAGAAAGAUUUUGAGCAGUUUAAAUGUUAAGGAGAAUUGCUAUAAGCAGCGAGUGUGGGUACGAGGAACUCGUCCUGAAGAAGAAGAAGUAUUCCAAUUUACAAUGGUGCAGAGAGUUGGUGGUUCCUGGGAUGGUUAUUGGCUAACAGAAUCUCUACUUCAUGACGGAGAUAGCUUUUCUGGUGGUGUGGCAUAUUGAACCAUUAAGUCAGCUCCAAGUUAGCAGACCAAUGUAUAUAUCAGUUGAGCUUUGGAGCUGUGUAUAACUCACAUUUGCUGCUGAAGCAUAAAUUGCUUGACGCUAAGCUUGUGUAUACUUGUAUUAGGAUAUGGUAAUAGCAACCAGAAAGCUGAUUUACUUGUAAAGAUUGAGACGAUAGCUUCUAUCUGCUUAUAUAAACACUGUAUCCUUUUGUACAGGAACAGGAUCAUAAAAUAUAGCUGUAGAUUGAUUUUCUUUCUAUUUAA